GGGAGGCGCCGGGCGGCGACUGCGAGUGGGUCUCCCUGACGACAGCUGAGACCAUGCUCCCACUCUCCCGGUGUCUGGGUGUUCCCUCAGGUCUGGUGUUCUUGGCUGGGUGCAGGGACGGGUGUGGGUGGCCUCUGAUCUGACUCUAUGGAGGAAGGAAGAGGCGACAACUUCGAAGGCGUGAGCAUCGACCUCCUCAAACUGGAGUUACUGGAAGAAAUGCACCUGAAGGAUAUAGUGCAACUCUUGGUGCUUGAAGUAAGACACAAGAUAGCAGAACUGGAAGCCAAGCUCAAUACUGACAAUGAAGGUGGUGAAUGGAAAAGUUGUUAUGAGACACAAGUUGAACUAAAUGAUCAACUAGAAAAGCAAAUUGUUUCUCUCAAAGAAAAAAUGGAAAAAUUCCGAGGAAUUCCUUCAGACAGACUGUCUUCUAUUCGUGUCUAUGAACAGAUGCCAGUGGAAUCCUCAAAUACAUUACUUAAACAGCUAGAGAAAGAAAAAAGGAGUCUUGAAAAUCAAGUGAAAGAUUGUGCACUGAGACUCGAGGAAGAGUCAAAGGCUUACCACAAGAUCAAUAGUGAGUGCCGGACGUACAUAGCUGAAAUGUCUCAGGGCUCUGGCUCAUACCAAGUUUCCAAAAGGCAACAGAUGGAUCAAUUGCCUAAAAUGAAGGAGAAUCUAGUGAAAACGAGAAGGUGUAAUUCAGUUACUCAGAAGACAGCGAAUGCCAUGAGAGGACCAGUAAAAAAGACUGCAAGAUCAAACCAUCUUCCAAAACUCAAUCUGAUUCUGCUCUUCAUAUUUAGAUUGUUUUGUAACAGUCGCCUAGGUCUGGAACAUACAUCUGUUUAUUUCCCUGACUUAAUAAGUGAAAUUAUUGGACUUCAACUUUCCGGAAAUCACUCAGAGUCAAAAAUAGACCUCUUACUAGUUGGCGAUUUCACUGUUCAGCACCUGGCUGACAUCGUACGGAAAUGCUUUUCAAAUACGACAAAAGUCACCAUCACCACUAGUGAUGUGAAGCAGGCGGCAGCACUUCUGGGUGACUGCACGUUCAACAUGGCUUUCCUGAAGGCGGCUUCGCUCACAAACGCCGAGGAGCUGGACGCUGUCAAAUUGAUUAGAUUUGGCAAGAAAAAAAAUACACAUUUGCUAUUUGUUUUUAUAAUUCCUGAGAAUUUUAAAGGUUGUAUUUCAGGGCACGAAGCUGAUAUUACAUUAACUGAACCACUAACAAUGGAAAAAAUGACUGUUGUGGUAAAAUACUGGAAAACAUACUUCUGCAGCACUGUUAAGAAUGAAAUUUCUGUGAAGCCUGAAAAACCUGAAUCUCCCCUGCCGAGGUCCUGCAGUGAACACCGGGGAUAUUUUUCUACUGAUCUGUUUGCUUGCUCUGAAUCUCUAAGAAAUGACAUUGGGCUGGAAUUAAAGGCUCCGUUGUCAAAUUUCGAGAAGAGCAGAAAGAUUUCUCUUCUUCAUUCAAGCAAGGAAAAGCUGAGAAGAGAACGGAUCAAGUACUGCUGUGAGCAGCUGCGCACCCUGCUGCCGUACAUAAAGGGGAGAAAGAGUGACGCGGCUUCCAUCCUCGAGGCAACGGUCGAUUAUGUGAAGUUUGUCCGGGAGAAAAUCCCUUCAGCCGUUAUGGGCCAGAUUACAGAAGCACUUCAGAGCAAUAGGAGGUUUUGUAAGAAACAACAGAUGCCCAUCCAGCUGUCCGUCCCGGGCACGAUCAUGGCACAAAGGGAAAACAGCGUGUUGACAAGCACUUACUCACCUGUGAGAGGCAUCAGAUUCCUGUCUAAUAAGUGCUUGAAUGUGUACUCCGUUCCUGCCUCUGGGGGCUCCUCGGAUGAGGCUGUGAGAGGUCAGUCCAGCUCCACUUCAGAGGAUGCUGCUGCUGAUACAUAUAAAACGCGAAUUCCCAGCACAGCGCUCUCUCUCAAUUCCUUCCAUGCUGUCAGAUACUACUCUGCACUCAUCCCUUCCUGUGACACAGCUGCUGUAACAAAUCAGAACAUUUCGGUUCAUUUUCCAACAGCGGUGGCCAAAGUCUCGAAGUUUCUUCCUCAGCACUGCAAUUCUGUGUUGGGCCAGACGUGCACAGCACAUCCCAACUGUCUGCAACAGUUUUGGGCGUAUUAAUAGCACAUGUUUGAAAUUCACACUCUAGACCACCCAUUGGGUGCCGUUUGACAAUGCAGGAAGAUGGAACAAAGAAUGCUCUCGAAAGCUACACUCAGAGACCUAAUAUCAAAAGCGUUUGCCUGGUUUGGCUUCUGAUAAAGGUGCUAGAAGCUUCUGCAGAUAGAAAGACAGGCAGCCAAAGUGUUCACCACACACCUCACUCAUCUUUACACGUACUUGGAUGUCCCCCAGCCCAGGUGUCACAAGAACAAACGGCCUAGGUGACCUAGACUCCUUCUCUCUCGAAAAACAUCCCACAAUUUAUGCGAAAAGUACACUGUAAAGAAGAUUCGUGGAGACCUGAUAAAGUGCGUUGAUACUCUGGUGUCACGGAUACUGCAAUUUGAUUCUUAUUUUUAGUAUCUCUGUGAAUUACUGUCCCUUUCUUCUAGGUGCUGUUUUUUCUAGUCUGACAUUUUAGAGAGCUCCCUUUGUUACUCACCAUUAGUUUGGGAGAAGUGCUUACCUCCUCACUUGACUACUAAUGAAUAAAUUGACGUGUUUGUUUCUGUAUUUCACCAUCGCUUGAGUGAAAUGAUAGCUACUAGGUGAAUUUUUCUUUCUGGAUCUUUAGUUACAGACUAGCAGGUCUUUGUUUUUCAUCUCCUCCCUAUAAGGCAUUAGAAAAGAUGGCUGGAAAUUAGGGGAGAAAAAUGUUUGUUUUAUAUUUCACUGAAAUGUUCUUAUCAUAAUAUAAGUUUUAUUGUUAAAGAAGUUAUUCAGUUUUGACCCUGAAAAUGGUAACUCAUUUUUGUUCUGCUUAAUAAAUACGUGUUCCCCCUUUUAGUAUUACUACUUAGGGAAUUUAAUUUUACUAGAUUUUUGAGAAGUUUAAAAAUUACUUUAGGUAGGCAUGGCCUAAUUUUCAUGUUCAAUUGUAUAACUUUUCUUUGAGGAUGUGAUGAUGAUGGAAUUUGUGGAUGUUUGACAAACUUUAUAAAGGAACUAGAAGUUUCCAACUAAGAUUCUAUGCUUAUUAUUAUAAAUGUGUGUUUGACUCUU